AUGUAUUAUUUAGAAAAUACUAUUUCAUUAGAUGAUACAAAAAUGGGUGAUAGUUUUCAAGAAUUCAUACUAAGUGAUCUCAACUCAAGUCAAAUGAAUAACCUAAUAAAGCAAGAGCCCAGUGGCCUAGAGGUAACAUCAGCAUCAGCGUCAGUACCAAUCCCAGGAAGCCAUCGCGGAGUUCGUGGUAUCUAUGACCAAUUUUCGCCAUCACCUCUGACUCUGCCCUCAAUGUGGGGUUGUCGUGUCGAGCCUGAGGACUACUCCAUAGACCCAGAGCAACUCGGAAUAACAUUCAAAAUGGAAGACGACGACAUAUUCCAGGUAGACAAAGCCGACCUAAUUCAAGGUCCUACACUGGCGGAGUUGAACGCCAACGAUGACAUUCUGCUCGGUGAUUUGAAUUUCGACGAUUUACUCCUGCCUGAAGAACGUAUGCAGCCGGUUUCACCACAAACUGUGGUUCCACAGAUACCUGUUCCACUUGCACCAGCACCACUUGUUCUUGGUUCCAAUGUUGGCUUACUGACAACUGGGAUUAGCGGUUUCGCUGCUAGCUAUCCUAGCAGUACGAUUACUUUCAAACCAACGACGACCUAUUCGACAAACUCUGCCGGGACUUUUGAUAAUGAAGUUGUUUAUGUUAGUCCAAGCACCAGUCACAUUGCUGAAUCAAUGGAUUCAUGCUACGACAUUGGAAGUUCAACAGCAAGUUCAUCUACUUCGCCACAUAUGAUACCUACCAACGUCAAUAUCGCUGUGGAUAAUCCAUCAAUGAACAACAAACCUGUAACAGUUGGUCCAACCUCAACUUUACACGAAUUGCUGAUGAGGAAAGUUGAAAGCAAUACUAUGAGCCCGAUAAAAAGAGUGGACCCAGUACCAAUGGACAUUGUCAACAAUAGCAAAAUAAAAGUAUCAAGAUUAUCUAUGUCUGCGCCAACACAGAGCCUAGGGUUGGAGCAAAUAUGGGCCAGACGUGAACCAAGACGUCAUUUGUUGAGCACAUCGAGUAUUGGAGUAGCUGAAGUUGAGUCAACAAGCAACUCAGGAAGUGACGGCGAGGAUCAUAGCAGUAUUAGAGAUUCCAGGGACCCAACAGCAUCAUCAUCAGGACCAUCGAAAAUGUCAAAAAAAGAAAAAUAUUUCUGGCAGUAUAACGUACAAGCAAAAGGACCUAAAGGACAGCGUUUGAUAGCACACAAACGUCUAGAAGAUCCACAUGUUCUCAAUCAAGCAACAGACCCCGUUUUCAGCCCCAGCUGUUCACUGCGUGGCAUUAAACACUCCGGUAAAGCGCGCAAGGGUGAUGGCAAUGAUUUAACACCAAAUCCACGUAAAUUGUACAUUAUUGGUAAAGAAUUGGACAAACUGUCUCGUAUUAUUAAUGACAUGACCCCAGUAUCAGAACUGCCAUUUCCUGCUCGGCCUAAAACACGCAAAGAAAAAAAUAAACUUGCCUCACGUGCUUGUCGCUUGAAAAAGAAAGCUCAGCAUGAAGCUAAUAAAAUAAAGUUGCACGGACUUGAAAUUGAGCACAAACGGCUCAUCAAUGGUAUUGCACAGAUAAAGACGAUAUUAGCGGUUAAAUUAACCGAGCAGAGUUCGGAGAAACAGGAAGAAUUAACACGACAAAUGGAUAAAAUUUGCAAAUCUUCUACGAGUAAGUUUUUUAAUUAUUUAUUAUUUUGUUUA